GUACUUAUUAUAUCAGUCUCUUUUGCUGAACUGCUAAGUUAUGGGGACGUAAACACACCAGCAUCGGUUGUCAAGCAAUGUUGGUGGGGACAAACGUAGACACAGACACAUGCAUCAUUCAUCAUCAUUUAGUGUCUGUUGCCCAUGCUGGCGUAAGUUGGACAGUUUGACCAGGGCUGGUAAGCUGAGGGACUGCACCAGGUUCCAAUCUGAUCUGGCAAAGUUUCUACAGCUGGAUGCCCUUCCUAACACCAACCACUCCAAAGGUGUGGUGACCAGUAUUGUAGUCCUUGUUGCUGCCAUCAUCCUCUCCAGCCCCACGUCUUAUAUUAGAUGUCAUCCAAGUGAUAGACAGAAAAACAAGAAUGAAGCCAGAAAGUUAUUCAUAUUAGCUGACAACAACACAGACCAACAACUCACUUACACAGAACUGGAAUCGGCUUUCAUGUCUUUUGAUUCAGACAGUAAGUUCUUCACUUCACACUUUUACAAAGUUGUUGCUGGUGUUGUUGUUAUUGUUGCUUAG